AUGAGCGACACGACAAAACAAAAUGGAUUUCAAGCCUCCACACAAAGGCGUGCUCCCCGCUUAAAUGAGAGGAUCUAUCAUCUUUGUCCAGGAGAUCAGUUGCUGCUCAUCUGGCAUGACCUUGAGAUUGCAAAAUAUGAACUUGACAAGAAAACUGGUCUGAUCAAGGUUGAUCGUGUCUUGUAUUCAUCAGUGGUCUAUCCUGACAAUUACGGCUUUAUUCCUCGAACACUACGUGAAGAUACUGACCCAAUGGAUGUUCUAGUCCGUAUGCAGAAACCUGUCGUUCCUGGUUAUUUUAAUCGAGCCAGAGCCAUAGGACUGAUGCCCAUGAUUGAUCAGAGCAAGAAAGAUGACAAGAUUAUUGCAGUGUGUGCUGAUGAUCCAGAGUAUUGCCACCACACUGACAUCAGCCAGCUUCCACCUCAUCAUUUAACUGAAAUUCACCGCUUCUUUGAAGAUUGUUGUUUUCAAUUCUUUUGA